GGAGCUCGGCACCCGGGCGGGACGGCUGGGCUCGAUCCCUUGACCACAGCCUUCUCGGGGACGCGGGGACCCCAGUUCCCGUGUCAAGGCCGGUGGGAGGUCCCCGGGGUCCGGUACACAGUAGGCGCCUCUCCGAGCCUCGGUUUCCCCACCUGUGAAACUGGGUCAUCCCAUUGCCAACCUGAUGGGGCUUCUGGGAGCACUCAGGAUGUGGCUGGUGCAGAAAGCGCCUGACACACAGUAGGCAACUACAAAGUGGCCAAUGCCCUUCCCCAACCUCCUUCUCAGAGCCUCUCUACCUGCAAAAUAAGACUGGGGACUGGGUCUCGCUCUGUCACCCGGCUGGAGUACAGUGGUGUGAUCAUAGCUCACUACAGUCUUGAACUCCUGGGCUCAAGAAGUUGAGGCUCCCUCCUCAGCCUCCCAAGAAGCUGGGACUACAGGCUUUCACCACCAUGGCUGGCUAAUUAAAAAAAAAAACCUUCAGAGAGACAGGGUCUCUCUAUGUUGCCCUAGCUCGUCUCAAACUCCUGGCCUCAAGUGAUCGUCCUGCUUGGACCUUCCAAAGUGCUAGGAUUACAGGCUCCUGGGACCAUGGGCCUCAGGCCCUGAGGAUACAAGGCUCCCUGUGGCCAUGACGACGGGUGACUGCUGCCACCUCCCUGGCUCCCUGUGUGACUGCUCUGGCAGCCCUGCCUUCUCCAAGGUCGUGGAGGCUACGGGCCUCGGACCGCCCCAGUAUGUGGCACAGGUGACUUCGAGGGAUGGCCGGCUCCUCUCCACCGUCAUCCGUGCCUUGGACACACCGAGUGACGGUCCCUUCUGCCGGAUCUGCCACGAGGGAGCAAAUGGGGAGUGCUUGCUGUCCCCGUGUGGCUGCACUGGCACGCUGGGUGCCGUGCACAAGAGCUGUCUGGAGAAGUGGCUUUCCUCAUCUAACACCAGCUACUGUGAGCUGUGCCACACGGAGUUUGCAGUGGAGAAACGGCCUCGACCCCUCACAGAGUGGCUGAAGGACCCGGGGCCGCGGACCGAGAAGCGGACACUGUGCUGCGACAUGGUGUGUUUCCUGUUCAUCACGCCGCUGGCCGCCAUCUCGGGCUGGUUGUGCCUGCGCGGGGCCCAGGACCACCUCCGGCUCCACAGCCAGCUGGAGGCCGUGGGUCUCAUUGCCCUCACCAUCGCCCUUUUCACCAUCUAUGUCCUCUGGACGCUGGUCUCCUUCCGCUACCACUGCCAGCUGUACUCCGAGUGGAGAAAGACCAACCAGAAAGUUCGCCUGAAGAUCCGGGAAGCGGACAGCUCCGAGGGCCCCCAGCAUUCUCCGCUGGCGGCUGGACUCCUGAAGAAGGUGGCAGAGGAGACGCCAGUAUGAACACUGGGCUGUCCGGGCCCUGCAGCAGAGAGACCAGAGGUAGCUGGCAAUACCCUGUCCUGUGGAAGGAUGGAAACUGCCCAACACUUCCCGCACGGCCUGAACGCUUCUUAGGCCAAGAGACACCAUGCGGAGCCUAGUCUGUGAUCCUGUGUGAAGAUAUUAUCAGGGUUUUUUUUUUUUUUUUUUUUUUGCACACUGUUGUUCAUAUCGAGGACAGGUGGACACGGUCCUGAGCUCUGGACGGAGCAGGCACGCUGAUCUCAUUCUGAGGUCCACAUGGCACCUUCUGGGCCAGCAGCUGUGGCCGGUGUAUCAAGGGCGCCCUUAAAGCUGGAACAUUCCAGCAAGCUUCUUGCGCUUCUCUGCACCUGGCAGGCCCACUUUCCUGGCACCCUCGACUUUAUAUAAAAGUUGCACUGCGUUUCAAAAACCCACCCCUGAAUGAAUAAAAGGAGCCCUGGCUGGACAAAA